AUAUUUUCAGUCCACGCCUGCCGGUUCUGUCCAGGGUCAGAACCACGGUCCAGAUCCGCGUUUGAUGAAGUUGUUUGACGGUCUCAGAAGUAGGUCCGCUCUGCUCACACAAGGCAAUUUCUCUUCCGUUGACACCAGGGGCAGACGAGGCAGAAGAUGGCCAAGACUUGCUUGGCGUAUCCUCGUCUAUGGCAUAUCUCGAAGCCCUCGGCGUUGACAUGGAGGGCCCUUCGUUGUGGGUGGCGCUAGAACUUCUGCAGGUCCCCAGCAUUGGCGAGAUCACUCGGGAGGGUUUUAUCAACGGAUGGAAAUCUACAGGUGUCGACCCGAAAGUGGACGCCCAGAAGCAACACAUCGCACGCCUCACCAAUUCGCUGAUUCGAGACCGUGACCUACUCCGCAAAGUCUACCGAUACGCCUUUGCGGCUGGAAAGGAGAAAGACCAGCGAUCUCUAGCCAUGGAUACAGCGCUUGUGUACUGGGAAGGCCUCUUCAAGCGGCCGGGGCUGGUCUGGGUCGGACGAACGGCUCACGUCAACUGGCUAGACGAGUGGACAACCUUCCUACGAGAGAAUUGGACCCGUUCGGUUAGUCGCGAUAUGUGGAACCAGACGUUGGAGUUCUCCCUCAAGAGCAUCGAAGACGAAUCGCUCAGCUUCUGGAACGAGGACGGAGCAUGGCCCGGAGUGAUCGACGAUUUCGUGGCCUGGUUCCGCCGCAAAUCGGAGAUGGAUGUUGACGCUUAGAAAGCAGCUCGUAUAUUACUAACCUUCAAGUGACUAGCCGGUACGGGUCUUCCUUUUGGCAACGCGUUGUCGGUGCCCAACGCGACAUCAGCUUGUCGUGGCGUGCGUUAAGGCAACGCUCAGAAGAAUCUCCUGUCAGCACGGGUCGAAAAGUGUCUCACAGUUUUGCGCAAAGGGCCGAUGGCUGAAACUGCCCGCGGAUACCUUUGGCAGCGAGACUUUGCUGGAAGCCGACUAGUCUUUGUGCGUAUACAUAGGUCGUAAGCCUGAGUUGCUGGGUGGGCGAGAUGCAGAGGGGUGCUGGACAUCAAUGAAUAUGUACCUACGUGCGCGCGCGCAGAUGAGCGAGAAGGGGAGACGAGGUAAAGGAAGAGGAUUGUUGUGAUGGGAUGUAGCUAGCUUCUUCCUACCUUCGAUGGCAGACGAAUGUGAACGAAUGAAUGAGAUACCUAUUUCCAACGUCUAGCCCCUUUUCUAUAUAUGUAAUACGAAGAUAUGUCGCGUACAACGC